AGAAGCGGCCGAGGAUCGAGUGAGUGGCAUGAUGAAAUCUUGUUGCGGUUUUGAGACAAGAAGAACAAGGGUUGUAGAACGAGGAGAUGUCGAUACCCGGCUUAAUGAGAGGUCAAAGACGCGCACCACAGUUCCUUACAGUGCUGUAAUGUACGUGUAAAUUACCAGUACGCUUGGCAGCCGAACAUCCGUCACGGCUUGGCAUUUCAGCAGCAUUUUACCAGGUGAACCGCAUCAGUUGGCUUGCUAUUUCCCCAAGCAACGGCGCCGGACAAUCAUGUCUCUACCAGUCCGCGCUGCGUCGCGGGUCAGUGCUCGCACUCUCCUUGUCAAGGUUUCGCCGGCGCCGGUAACUUUGACGGAACGACGGGCCAUCCUUCAAGUGCUGAAGCGGCACGGCGAGGUCGAGGUCUUCAAGAAGCUCCAUGAUCCCGGUCACUUCAUCUCCGUGUUCUCACACGCCGAAAAAGCCGCAGACAUCGUUGCCCGAAGCCCCCUCGAAUUCGACUACGUCGACCAGCAGCAUGACGGCAAGGGCACUGCCAACAGCCCAACGAGCGGGCCGAGUCAUCCGCAGAAGACGUUCUAUGUUCAGAUAAAGGAGACAUUGCUGUACCAACAUAGGACGCACAUCAGAGAGAACCCCAUUUACGGUCGCUGGCCAGCACCGAACGACAACCUUCUCCUAGAGCAUUCGAUGACCAAGGCUGCGCUGUCCCAGGCGGUCCCGCAGGGCAUGGCUCACGCGGGCCUCGUGGACUGGGCGACGUGUGGCCAGCUCGACGCCCAGGAGACCCUCACUUCUAAAGCGGAUCACAUCGCCGCACGCCGAAGACGCCGGAUGAACGAGUCCAAGUUCGAGAGUCUGGUCGGGGCUUACAAUGCCAGGCAUGCGGCGAGCGGGAGGCUGAAGGAGGGUGACCAUGGGAAAGAUGUCCACGACUGAGAUCCGGCUCGGACACAAAUACUGCGCCCAGCUGAGCUUAGGUUGGAUCAUUCUGCUUGAGUAUCGCAGUCUCUCGACUUCUGGGGGUGACAUACUCUACCACGUCGAGUCGAAUCCCGAGAUGGCGUGGGUCAUCAUACGUCUCGACAGCUGUGACCAGCCAUGCGUGGUCGGCGCGGCGCGACCCGACAUGUGCCCUGGUUCA